AUGAGCGCUCCUGAAGGUAUAAACCAUAUAAAAGAUGAUUUUAUCAGAUAUUUAGAGGAACAUGAAGUAAUAAAUCAUAUAAGCCGUGUUCUUUUAAAAUUAUUUGAAGAAAAAGAAAAACCUAAUGAUGCCAUUAAAUUCAUACGUGAACAUUUGUAUAACGCAGCAGUGGAUGUAUCCAUAGAUGAUUUAAAACGGGAGAAUACGUUUCUUCGACAAGAAAAUCAAAAACUAACGAAAAAAUUUGAAGAGCUUAAUGAUACAUUAAAAAAACUGGUUCAUAGUCAAGGAGGCUUAGACGACAAAAAUAUAACAGACGAUAAAUAG